GCUGUGUAUCUCUGUGGCAUCAUCGCUGGGCAGUGUUAACAUGGCCCCUUUGUUUUUCCAGGAAAAUGGUGUAUAUACAAUAGCAAAAUUAAUUUUACCACAUAAACAAAAGAAUGCAGCAAAAACAAAUUUAUUACAGUGUUACGCUUUCAGAGCCUUGAGGUUUCUCUUCAGUAUGGAAAGAAACAGACCACUUUUUAAACGACUUUUCCCUACCGACUUGUUUGAGAUCUUCAUUGACAUAGGACAUUAUGUUCGUGAUAUCAGUGCUUAUGAAAAGUUGGUAUCAAAGUUGAAUGUAUUAGUGGAGGAUGAGCUGAAGCAAAUUGCUGAAAAUAUUGAAAGCAUUAAUCAGAACAAAGCACCUUCGAAAUAUAUAGGCAACUAUGCAAUUUUGGAUCAUCUUGGAAGUGGAGCAUUUGGCUGUGUUUAUAAGGUUAGAAAGCGUAGUGGUCAAAAUCUUCUAGCAAUGAAAGAGGUCAAUUUACAUAACCCAGCAUUUGGAAAGGAUAAAAAAGAUCGGGACAGCAGUGUAAAAAAUAUUGUUUCUGAAUUAACGAUAAUUAAAGAACAGGUAAAUGUUUUUCUUGUUGCUAAAGAUGUUUUCUUUAAGUCAACACCAUUGAAAUAAAGUAGAGUUCUCACGUUAUUCUUAUCCUUGAUGUUUAUGGACUAGGUUAGUGUGAAAUAAUGGAUGUUGUGGCAGUGAUAUUUUUACCAGUGUUUUUCCUAAGGCUUGAAAUUAAGCCAUAGACAUAGUUUCAGGAGUUUAUUUCAGAACUGUGGAUAC